AUGGAACCAUAUUUGAAAAACAUGGAGACCUAUAAUCCAAAGUUACAUUAUGAUCUGGAAUGGAUUCACUUAGUAUUCAAUAAAUUUGUUAUUGAAUGGGAACAAGGCAUGAAUGCAUUAGCAGAUGAUAAUUGGAAGCAUGGAUUAUCAGAGGGCAGUUCGUAUGCAUCGAAAAUGCGUAAAAACAAAAAAGAAAAAUUGGAAAAUCCGUUAUUCAUUUCAAGAGAAAUACUAGCUGGUGAGGUCACUAGAACAGGAGAUAUUCACGAUAAAAAAUAUUUAGGAGACAGAAUGAAACUAUUAAAACUUAUGAAAGAUAUGUUUGAUUUAAUAAUUGAAUCACUUCCACCAACCACAAUCGAAAAUUACGAGUCUUUGUACAUUUGGAAUACAACUUUUCA